CUUUUAGAGGAAAACGACGCCGUUUAGUUUGGAACUCCAAUUUUUUUUUGGGAGGUAGGACUGAUACCCACUUUCCCGAUAUAUUUUUCUAUAUUUAUAAUUUUUUGACUUGCGUCCGAUCUUUUCAUUUUGAAAAAAUUAAAUACUUUUGUUUCUCUGAUGUUUCUUACUAGUACCGUCUCCCCUUUCUCCGAUCAUUCCCAUUCAAUCCGAUCAGAUCGAUCCAUGGCAGAUGAGUUCAAUACAAGCACUAACUUUUGAGAUUCUUCCUUCUGCACCGCCUUUGAUGCCGGAUCCUCUUCGUGUGGGCUUAACAUGCAUGGGCAGCUUUGUGUACAGAAUGUCAGAAACUGAGAGAGGGAGUGGAUUUCGGGUCUAGAGGUGUUCGUAGGACAUUAUCCUGGAUCGCACCUGAGCUUUUAAGUGAUAUAUGUUCAUUCUUUUGGGAUUGUUACGUGGGAGUUACUCGCAGGGGAAGAACCUUCUUCUUAUGCUGGUAUGCAAUGUGCCUCUAUGAUUGGUAAGCAUCAUGUUAUUAUUAGAUUAUAUACUCUAAAUGACUCGCUAAAUAAUGUCUUGUCUUCUUGAUAUCUUUGCAUAGAUUCCAUAUCAUGAUGACCUUCAAGGGCUUACUGUUCACUUGAAACGUUCGCUUGAAAGAGUGAUUUUGCUUUUGUUUUGUGAUCUAAUACAUAGAUUUUUACAUG